UUGAAAAUGGAAAAGUUGAAAAACAAGUGGAUAAGUAGCAGUGAGGUUAAACCUCUGAAACCCAACACAAAACCACACAGCAGAAGAACCUAAGCUUUCACUCACAAUCGUCAAUGGCGAGGCUUAGGACGGGCAUUGAAUCGGCGUUCUGGGACCAGAACGUGGCCUCGCCGCAGUGCCACGACGGCUGGGCCAAGUCCGUUCCCGGAGACCCUUUUCCGGUGGAAGCCUCCGUCGCCAGCAAAGUGCUCCGCCCCCAACAAUUCUCCUUCCUCCAAAACGAGCUCCGUCUUCCCAUUGUCGUUCCCUUUCUCUCUCCCACUUCCUCCAAGGAUUUGGGCUCCUUCGGUCUCCAGGCCCUUCUCCUCAAACUCUCAUCUCAUCGCUGGUGGCUUACAAUGACCGGACAGUUUCGUCCCAGGAAACUGAUUGUUGGUGUUAAAAAUGAGAUUUCUAACGCUGAAGAGUUUGAUCUCUCCACGGUCAAGGAUGUUGCCAAGCAUUUCAUUGACAAGGCACUUUUGUCCUUUGGGUUAACGUUUCAGUAUGCGUUUUCUCCUUUAACAUCCGUAUUGUUUGGUUUAGAGGGCCAUGGCGAGAAAGCAAGAUUGCGCAGCAAAGGGAUGCUUUAUCGAAAGCUUCCUCAACAUGAUCUUACAGUAGAAGUAGCAUUGCCUCAAUUGUUUCUUGACCACAAAGGAAAAUAUUGGGAUGUUCCUGUGUCUUUAUCUGUUGAUUUGGCAUCCCUUUUGUCUCCAUCUGGACUCCGUUGGCGUGUUGGGUUACAUAAAAAUGGUGGUAAUCCCCAGCAAGUGAAUGCAACUGAUGGUAACCCGCCAUUGUCUCUGCAACCAGGGUUAUGUCUGAAGGGUGCCACGAGCUAUGAGAAGAUUAUAUACUUCUGGAGAGAUAAGAGCACCGCGGAAGAAGGGAAUGAAGAGGUGGUUCCAUAUGAUGUGCGUCUCAACGAACCUCACUCAGCUGUGUUUGGAGUGAUUGGCGGCACCUUUACUCUAUGGCUUCGGAAUGGAAGGAGCUUUUCUAGCAGUAAUUCAACAGAAGAUUUAGGGGUGUCAACAAGCAAGAGAUUUGAAUAUUUUGGUGAUUUAUUUGGCUCAGUUGGUUACUCCUUUCAGCAUGGAAAAUUCACAAAAAAAUAUGGGGACUUAACCAGACUAGAUGCUCGUGUUGAUAUUUCUUCAGCUUCAGAAUAUGCAAAGAAGAUUCUGAAUAGUUCCAGGGCUGAUGCAUCAGCUUCGCCCAGGCUAAAUUUAAUCCUUCAACAACAGGUUGUAGGGCCAAUUGUUUUCCGAGCAGAUACCAGAAUUGCAUUGGAGUGUUUCGCCUUGAAAAAUGGUUUGGCGGUAGAGGAUUUCAUUUGCAGCCUGAGUUACUCCUUGAAGUCAUUUGAGUCUGGAAAGGUUGUUGCUUGGUGUUCUCCGAAAAGGAAAGAGGGAAUGGUUGAGUUGAGAAUGUUUGAGUUUUAGAAGACUCAACAUUUGAUUUUGAUUACAUGUUGCAUGCAUCAUAUCAUCUGUUGAAACUCAGUAUCAUUGAUUCUGUAAUGCCAAAAUGUUUAGUUGUGUGUGUUUUUAUUCAUUUGACAUUCAAAUUCUAAAGAGAAUCAAAAUAGCACUCUUGAGACA